AUGGAUCCGCACAAUCAGCCCUCGUCGACCCAUCCGCAAGGAUCGCGCGGCCAGAAUGCCGUCUAUGACACCACACACGGCGGUCACUACGGGGCCAGCGCGGCACUCGCAAACUCGGGCUUUGCCCCCGCCGAGCUCUACACGGGGCCCUGGGCCAACGUCCACCAAGGCCUGCACGGACAGUACAAGGACAUCCUGACGACGUACUGGCAGCAGACCAUCAACCACCUUGAAUCCGACUCCCACGACUACAAGCUGCACCAGCUGCCCCUCGCCCGCAUCAAGAAGGUCAUGAAGGCCGACCCCGAGGUCAAGAUGAUCUCGGCCGAGGCCCCCAUCCUGUUCGCCAAGGGGUGCGACAUCUUCAUCACCGAGCUCACCAUGCGUGCCUGGAUCCACGCCGAGGAGAACAAGCGCCGCACUCUGCAACGCUCCGACAUCGCUAGUGCCCUUGCCAAGAGUGACAUGUUUGACUUCCUCAUUGACAUCGUACCGCGCGAGGAGGCGAGCCACGCGAAGCGCACAAAUCCCGCCCAGUCGCAGCCCGCGCCCGGUGGCGUGCCGACCCCGGCGCAACCCCAGAUGGCCGGCCAGCACAACAUGCCGCCGCCGAACCACGCCAUGGCUGCUGCUGGCUACGACAUGGGCGGUCAUGCCAUGGGCGCACCUGACCAGGACUACCGUAACGCCCAGCCCAUGUACAACCAGGUCCAGCCAGGCCAGCAGCCGUACGGCCAGCCACCCAUGUAUGGAGAGAUGGACAACAUGUACACCACAUAUCCGGGCAUGCAACCGCCGCAGUAG